UGUGUCGUUAUUAAUAGUAUUUUUUUGUAUGUGUUUGUUUUUUUUUCGCACACGUUAAAUCCUAAAAUACAUCUCCCAUAAUUCCGUGUUUGAGAGUUUACUUCCGGUUGAUCGGGUCUGACUGAGUGACCCACCAGCGAACAGGACCGAGAAGUGUGUUCAGGUGCUGCUGUGCUCUCCUCAUGCCCCUGCAGGUGACAUGGCCGUUCCCACAGUGCCCCAGCCUGGGCUGGAGGAUCUCCAGCUCGUUUGUGAUGGGCUUGGUGGGAUCAUACAGCUACCUGUGGACCAAGUAUAUGAACUCUUUGUCAGUGCACAACAAGGAAGUUUUGCUGGAUCUUCUGGAUGAACGGCCUCGAGACACACCCCUCAUCACCAUGUCUAAUCACCAGUCCUGCAUGGAUGACCCGCACAUCUGGGGGGUGUUGAAGCUUCGGCAGCUGUGGAACUGGAAGAGAAUGAGAUGGACCCCGACGGCAUCUGAUAUUUGCUUCACAAGGGAAUUCCACUCUCAAUUUUUCAGCAGAGGGAAGUGUGUCCCGGUGGUUCGAGGUGAUGGAGUGAAUCAGAAAGGAAUGGACUUCCUGCUAGAGAAACUCAAUCAGGGCGACUGGGUUCAUAUAUUUCCCGAAGGAAAGGUGAACAUGACGGGGGACUUGAUUAGGUUAAAAUGGGGAGUUGGACGUUUAAUAGCUGAAUGUUCUCUUCAUCCUGUUAUCUUACCUCUGUGGCACGUAGGUCUGAACGACGUCCUUCCAAACACAUCUCCAUACAUCCCUCGAGCAGGAAAGAGAAUAACUGUGUUAGUCGGAAAACCUUUUACAGUCAAGCACAUAGUAGAAGCCCUGAGAGCAGAGAAUAAGAGUCCGGUGGAAAUAAGGAAAACACUGACCGACUUCAUCCAGGCCGAGUUCCAUACAUUAAAAUCACAAGCUGAAGCUCUUCAUCAGAGGAUUCAGACCAGCCGGUGAUCCACAUGCAUCUCGACAACCUGUUGGACAAACAAACUGCAACACAAACACACACACAAACACACACAAACACACACAUACACACACUGAUCCGUGAAGAGUCUGAACGAUGUGAAGGUCGAGUGUGAAAUGUUUCUCCUGAAAUGUUCAUGGUGCUCGUCGAAGCUCCCCGAGGAACCUCGUGGACACGGAAUCCACAAGAGAGAACAUUUUUAUACCAGUUUUAGGUUUCUAAUGCAGCUAUUUGAAGCAUCAACUGUCCUUUAUACACUGCUUAUUAAACUCAUUUCUAACCUGUA